AAGGUUUGCCGUGUCCCGUGGUUCUUUCUAUGGUUCCGUUUCAUGGUUUUGCUUGAGAUGCGAGCGAUUUGCAUGUUUAGCUUUUACGUCAGUAGUAAUAUUAAUGUGUAAAGCGCUCACUGCAAUCUAAGACAUGGAUACCGGGGACGAAAAAACUCUGCAUGAAUCCCUAAAGCAAUACGAGCAGCAACUUGAAGCGGUCGAACUCGCUCUUGCGUCUAGCACUGUUGAAUCUCAGGCUGCUGACUUAUUGGAAUUAAAACAAAACUUGGAAGAAGUCAUUAGCCUUACCAAAGCGACGCUGCGUGGUGUGGUAGAUGAAGACUCGUCCACACAUCAGGGGCAAGUUCACGAUGGCACUGACAUCGACGAGGAGUUUGCAAGGUUUCAGGCAGAAAUGGCAAGCCUUGGGGCUUCACCAGAACUCCAAGAUCAAGCAGCCACUGCUGCUGAGGACCAUUCUAAGGAGCUUGCAGAACUUGUGGAUCACCUAGAAGGCUCUAAAGUGCAGGCACCAUUUUCCAAAGACUGGGGACAGAUGUCAUACCACAGUGCCAUUGUUCUCUCCGUUAAUGCUUCUGACAUCACUCAUGUUGAUGAUAUCAAAGUCAACGUUAUGUUCACCCACCCUACUGUGUCAGCCAUGAAGCCAUGUUCAUUCUUCCUAGAAGGUCGCUGCAAGUUUAGCCAGGAACGAUGUCGCUUCUCUCAUGGCCAUGCUGUUGCGCUGUCUGAGCUGCGUGAAUAUUCUGAGCCCAGCUUCAGCACUUUCAAACCUGGCUCACCGUGUCUUGUGAAGAGCGGCAUAGAUGGCCUGUGGCAGCUGGCUGCCUUGGAGUCCAUUGGUGAACGGCAAGACGAGGUCAUGGUCUGUCUUUCCCACUCUGGGAAAACAGUGUCCAUUGGAGUUGAGGAUGUCUUUCCUUGGAAGACAAUAGAGGAGUGGAAAAGCUCAGACUCUGAUUGUGAUUCUCAGCCAGCUGCUGAUGCUGUGUCAAUCACUGGUGCUGCGGAGGAUGAGCAGGAGGGUGUGCCCAUUGUUGCUUGGUCUCGUACCGCAUCUGGUUUGCCUCUAGGAGCUUGGGAGAAGCACACAAAGGGUAUUGGUUAGCUGAUGGAGAAAAUGGGCUAUGUUUGGGGGUAA